AUGGAGAUGCCCCUCCCCAUUGGCUGGAAACCUCUCCACCUCGAGCGCUAUGAUGGCACGACAGACCCAGACGAACACAUCGAUUUAUACACCACACAGGUAAACCUCUAUACUAAUCAGGAUGCUAUACUGUGUAGGGUCUUUCGGACCUCGCUCAAAGGGGCCGCGCUCAACUGGUACACCCAGCUACCUACCGAGUCAAUUAACAACUUCGGCACCCUGGUCAGACGGUUCAUAGCACAGUAUGCGACAAGCCGACCUUAUCACAUAACGUCAGCUGCCCUGGCCAGUCUUAGACAGAGUGACGACGAACCACUUCGGACGUUCAUGGAACGAUUCGCUGCCAUCUCGGUAAAGAUCCGAAAUCUGAAACCCGAGGUGGCGCUACACGCCAUGCUCAUGGCACUUAAGCCCGGACCAUUCGUCGAAAGUCUAUGUCGUGAAGCUCCUCGCGAUAUGGAUGAGCUUCGUGCCCGUGCUGCUGGGUACAUCCAAAUGGAAGAACAUUCUGCCUUCCGUGACCAGGUUCGCGGAAAAUCACAAGCGAAGCCCGACAAUGGCCACAAAGAUAAGAUGAAGGUCACCAAUGAUAGAAAGUUCAAGAAAACUGCUAGCACAAGCAAGGGGGGAGAUACGACUUCUACACUCCCCUGA